GGAGUUGUUUCCCAGCAGAGACAGCACCGCGCACAGAGCGCAGAGCGGCGCCCCACCACCGCCUUUGCGUCAACCAUCCUCACACAGUCAGUGACACAACACAACAUCAGCCCUCGCAGCAUCCGCAUCUCACGGCCAGGAGGACCAGGAGCACAUCCUCAUCUAAGCAUCCAUUCCACAACUGCCUACCAUCGUCUGCGCACCAGGCGUGUUCAUCCACCGCUUGCUUUUUUCUUUUUGCCUCGGCUCGGAUUAUUUUCUGUGUUGCAUUUUUAUUCUCCGAGAUGGUUUCAUGUUUUAAUCGCGUUUUAUAAGGAAAAACAGGCUCGAGACGCGGAGCAUCAUCUAUACAGCGCAAUUAUUCUCUCAUCAAGCUGGAGAUCUGCAGUGGCCAUCUGGAGACGCAGACAAAGAGCUGAAACACAACAGAGCCUGUUCCAGUCGAGGUGAUCGUUAUUCCCUCAGAGGACAAUCUCCUUCCAGACUUUAGAUGCCCAGCGGCAGCCUGUAGCCCGGGACUCCCAGCUCCCAGAAGCAUUGAAGCACUGAGACCCUCAGGAUCUCCCCUGGCAGACGCUCCUCUGACCCAGUGCGGCUGAAGCCCCUGGACGCCUCCCCGCAGUCACCAUGGGAACCGUGCUGUCCUUGUCACCUAGCUACCGAAAGGCGGCUCUCUUUGAGGAUGGACCGGCCACUGUGGGCCACUACACGGCCGUCCAGAACAGCAAGAACGCCAAAGACAAGAACCUGAAGCGCCACUCGCUCAUCAACGUGCUGCCGUGGAAGCGGAUUGUAGCGGUGUCAGCCAAGAAGAAAGGCUCCAAGAAGGUGCAGCCCAACGGCACCUACCAGAACAAUGUCACCCACCUGAACAAUGAAAACCUGAAGAAGUCGCAGUCCUGUGCUAACCUGUCCACCUUCACCCAGGACCAGAGCACUCCAGCUCUCACCAAGAGCUCCAACAACACAGCGUCCUCUGUCAAGAAGGCCCCCCUGACCAACUCCAAUGUGGCCCCCGGGACCCCUAAGAGGGUGAUCGUCCAGGCCUCCACCAGUGAGCUGCUGCGCUGCCUCGGGGAGUUUCUGUGCCGGCGUUGUUACCGGCUCAAACACCUGUCACCCACUGACCCAGUGCUGUGGCUGCGCAGCGUGGACCGCUCCCUGCUGCUGCAGGGCUGGCAGGACCAGGGCUUCAUCACCCCCGCCAACGUGGUCUUUGUCUACAUGCUGUGCCGCGACGUGGUCUCCUCCGAAGUGGCCACGGAGCACGAGCUGCAGGCCGUGCUGCUCACCUGCCUCUACCUGUCUUACUCCUACAUGGGCAACGAGAUCUCCUACCCGCUCAAGCCCUUCUUGGUGGAGAGCUCCAAGGAGACCUUCUGGGACCGCUGCCUGUCCAUCAUCAACCUGAUGAGCGCCAAGAUGCUCCAGAUCAACUCCGACCCGCACUACUUCACUCAGGUCUUCGCCGACCUGAAGAACGAGAGCCAGAAGGAGGAGGAGAGGAGCCGCCUGCUCAUCGGCCUGGACCGGUGAGGGGAUGCUAGGGGGCGGGAGCAGAGGGGUCAGGGGAGGUGGGGCAUACUCCAGUCUGGCAUUUUGACAAGUUUGAACCGCAUUUGUGAUUCUAUUUAUUUAUUUAUUAUUGUCAAUCCUGCAGUUGGAUUAGGCCAAUCUGGAGGUGUUUGACAUUUAUAACAACUUUAAUAAGGCUGAUGACAGAAUCCUCAGCUCUGGAGGGAGGCUUGCUUAUUUUGACUGAUGUGUGUAUUAUGUUUGAGGGAUAACAGUUGCCAUGGUCACCAAAAAUGGGGCAGAAGAGCAGCUUUUUGCCUUUCACAUCAGCAAAGGAUGGGUUUCCUGUAAACCUGCGGAUGAAGGCAAUGAUACAUAAACAAACAAAAAAAAAAAUGCCAGACUUGAGUAAAUCCUUUGCUAACAUACAGAUAUAUAUCUAUAUGAAAUACUGAAAAUCUAAAAAAAAACAAAACAAAAGACUAAAAAAGACAAAAAAAAAAAAAAAAACAUUAGAAAAGGAAGCAUACAUCUACAGCAUUGAAUGUGGACAGGACUGAGGCCUCAGCAGCCGACCAGUGACCUUCUGACUGUUGUGAUGUGCACUGCCUACUGCAGGAGGGUGAGGGCCAUCGCCUGACUGACUGGCUUUCUUUAUGAAUCACGGAUGAGCAGGCAAUCCCCACCCCACCCAACCCUCACCCCCCCCCCUGCCUGCCCCGGCUGCAAACCCUGGCUCUUUUGGAAUGCCAACACCUACGUCCCCAACAUUCAUAUGGAUACGAUGGACACUGUUUGUUUUGGUUUUUCCUUUUGCUGCAAUGCAUAUCUGGCCAUCUGUGGAGAGAACAGCAGGGGCCAUCGUUGCUAAAUCCAUAUUUUAGUGGGUUUCUGUUUGCGGCUCUGCAACAGUAGGGGGGGGGGGGCGAUUGGAUGGACAAUAAGCAAACAUUGCAUUGUGGGACUUUUGAUAAAAUAAAGACAACAAACCAGAGGACGUGUGGCCAAUGCUGAGUGGUCAUACUGUGUGUGUUCAGAAAGACCUACUUUAUUUUCAUCUAGAAAAAAAAAAUAAAACAAGUUACUGGAUGUUUUGCUCCCCAGAGGCUUACACCUAUGGAGGCUUAUUUAUUGCUUUUCUGGAACAAGUUUUCUUUCAUUUUUUUUUCUUUUUUUACUUAGAAAUGUAAUGUUUUGCACGUGUGCCAUGCAAUUUUACAGAGUUUCUGAGAGGAGCAGGAGCAAUCUUCUUCUUUUUACUUGAUUUAUAAACCAACUGCAUCUGCAUUAGAGAAUGCUGUGAACAAAGUGACACUAGUUUAUUUAGCUAUGCUUGCUAAAAUAGGCUAUUUGUUUACCAGGGAAAUUGUUUUUGUACUUUUGUCGAUAGGUUGUGUUGCAACCACUUUUGGAAUGAUGUUUGAUUUUGUGCUUAUGAUUCAGCAUAGAAAAUGUUAAAACAGUGCCAUAUCGUUGAUGGAAAUCCCACAGGUCUGAGAACACUCUGAGACACGAAUGACGGGGUGGAUUUUCAUCUACUAAUAACUACUUACUGACACCUAAUUUAUUGCCAUUUACGUAUUUAUUAUUUAGGCACAUUUAAUGUAAAAGAAAGAUCACGGAGAGAGACUUUGGAAAGGGAAAGACUGGGGGGAGUGGCUGGUCUAGAAGGUGUGCUUAUCUUUGGUGGGAAUGAAGAUUGAUCUGGUUUAUGCAAAUUAAUGUCGCGGGGAUUUAUCAGUGAAUAUCCAAUUCAAAAGCUCAUAGAUCAAAACCGAUGUUAAAUCUGACCAUCACCAAAGUGACAUCAUCCAGGACACCUUGGCAGAACAACACAACACUUAAGACAAUGCCCUGAAAACAUCUGUUUUUUUGUCCUGCAACACUGGCCUGCAUGAGGAGCUGACACAUAUCAGACAGAAAAAGCACACACAUUUUUUUUUUCCAGGGGAGUAAAUGAUUUCAAUGACGCCUGUUCACUAUCACUGCGGAAAAGCACAGGUUACCUUUGAGGAUCAUCCAUCAGCAUCAGCUCUGUGUAAAUCACAUGAUGAGCUGCACUGGAGGAGGUGAGGCGACCUCCAUAGGAAAAAUCACAUUUUUAAGAUUUUCAAUCAGAGAAUCCACAAGACUAAAACGACACGCUGCGGUGUGCAGUGGGAAGACCAUGGCAACCAAAACAGAAAGCAAGAAGAGCAACUGAGACAGGCCUAUGUAUCUUUUUAUUUCCACAGGAGAGAAGGUACUCCACUGUUGGUCGACAGCCACUGCAACUCCUCGCUGUCUCUGUAAUGACUGCAAUCACUGGAGAAGCUACAGUAUUUCCACUCAGAGAUGUUAGAGAAAUGUAUUUACUGGUUUUCACAUCUCAACUUCAUAUAAAAAAAAAAAAAAAUGUGUGCACUUCUUUCCUUUGCAGUGUUCUGAAAGUCUGUCUAAAGGAAAAGGCCUCUGUCAUGUUUUGAAGUGGAGAAUGAAAGGUCUCCGUGCUGCUGCUGCUGCUGCGUUUGUGGGAAUCAGAGAGACGGCCACAACCUGUGGCUUCCUCUGCUGUGUGACUGUGGCCGACACACAGAGUUAGAUCAGUGAGAGAGACGCUUCAUUUAGAGAGUUUGUGCCGGCACAACAGGGACACACACACUUUGGAUGUGCAUCUGCUUCUGGCAGAAAGAAAAGCAGGGCAUCGGGGUAAAGGGCCUCAAACAGAGACCACCGAAUCUUUUUUUUUCUCUCUGUCCACCUGCCCCCCCCCUUCCCAACUCACUUGAAAUGUGCCAUUUUAUUUUUUCUCCACUUUGCAUCAUUGAGUAGUUGUUUGAGAAAAUACUUUCAAAAGCUGAUAAAAUAUGAAAAAAGACUCAAGUGAUAGUUAAAGAUUUCUGUCAAAAUUCUUUUCUGUAUCUUGUUGCGUACUUUGUAGAUAAAAAAAAAUGAAACUGGUUAAAAACUUCAAAAAGAGAGGCAUUCAAUGACUGCAUGUGUGUGUGAAUGUGGGUGUGAUUGUGUGCGUGAAAGGCAGCGUUUUAUUUGUACAGAUGAAUGUGUGACAUGUUGUUUUCUUAUGGACACGGAGCAUACACCAACCACACUGGAACUCGGACUUGGUUCACCGUCGGUGGGGUGAGGGAGGGGUGUCAAUGCUGUUCAAUAAAAAUCUUUUUUUUUUUCUUUCUUUUUUUGAAAAAGACAAAAAAGCUGUUGCUGUAAUUGAAACUUUUUUCAGUUAGUUUCUGCUUAUUUUAAUUUAUUUUUGUACUGUGAUGGAAAAAUAAAAUGCACUGAUCGUUCAA